AUGGACUCGGUGGUGUACGGGUUGUUGAUGGCCUGCGAGUUGUUGAUGGUGCACCAUAAAAUGGACUUGGGGGUGCAUUGUAAAAUAGGCUUGGUGGUCUCUGGGUCGUUGAAGGAGCAUUGUAAAAUGGACUCGGUGGUGUACGGGUUGUUGAUGGCCUGCGAGUUGUUGACGGUGCACCAUAAAACUGAUUUGGUGGUCUCUGGGUUGUUGAAGGUGCAUUGUAAAAUAGGCUUGGUGGUCUCUGGGUCGUUGAAGGAGCAUUGUAAAAUGGACUCGGUGGUGUACGGGUUGUUGAUGGCCUGCGAGUUGUUGACGGUGCACCAUAAAACUGAUUUGGUGGUCUCUGGGUUGUUGAAGGUGCAUUGUAAAAUAGGCUUGGUGGUCUCUGGGUUGUUGAAGGUGCAUUGUAAAAUAGGCUUGGUGGUCUCUGGGUCGUUGAAGGAGCAUUGUAAAAUGGACUCGGUGGUGUACGGGUUGUUGAUGGCCUGCGAGUUGUUGACGGUGCACCAUAAAACUGAUUUGGUGGUCUCUGGGUCGUUGAAGGAGCAUUGUAAAAUGGACUCGGUGGUGUACGGGUUGUUGAUGGCCUGCGAGUUGUUGAUGGUGCACCAUAAAACUGACUUGGUGGUCUCUGGGUUGUUGAAGGUGCAUUAUAGAACAGAUUUGGUGGUGCAUGGGUUGUUGAUGGCCUGCGAGUUGUUGACGGUGCACCAUAAAACUGAUUUGGUGGUCUCUGGGUCGUUGAAGGAGCAUUGUAAAAUGGACUCGGUGGUGUACGGGUUGUUGAUGGCCUGCGAGUUGUUGACGGUGCACCAUAAAACUGACUUGGUGGUCUCUGGGUCGUUGAAGGAGCAUUGUAAAAUGGACUCGGUGGUGUACGGGUUGUUGAUGGCCUGCGAGUUGUUGAUGGUGCACCAUAAAACUGACUUGGUGGUCUCUGGGUCGUUGAAGGAGCAUUGUAAAAUGGACUCGGUGGUGUACGGGUUGUUGAUGGCCUGCGAGUUGUUGACGGUGCACCAUAAAACUGAUUUGGUGGUCUCUGGGUUGUUGAAGGUGCAUUGUAAAAUAGGCUUGGUGGUCUCUGGGUUGUUGAAGGUGCAUUAUAGAACAGAUUUGGUGGUGCAUGGGUUGUUGAUGGCCUGCGAGUUGUUGACGGUGCACCAUAAAACUGAUUUGGUGGUCUCUGGGUUGUUGAAGGAGCAUUGUAAAAUGGACUCGGUGGUGUACGGGUUGUUGAUGGCCUGCGAGUUGUUGAUGGUGCUAGGUAGAGCUGACUUACAGGUCUCGAAGUGGUCGAUGGGGCACUGUACAGCUGCCUCACAGGCUUGGGCGUUGUUGAUGGUGACAACAUAUCAGCGAUAA